AUGGCACAAGAAAAGGUAUUCAGUGUUAGGUACCUAGUGGCAUUCUUCCUUGUCUUCAUAACCAUGGCCUCACGUGGCUCUGCGGUUGGAGUGAACUGGGGAACCAUGGCAACACACCAGCUUCCAACAGAGAAGGUGACCAAGAUGCUUCAAGAAAAUGGUUUUGAUAAACUCAAGUUAUUUGAUGCUGAAGAGUGGAUUAUGGCAGCUCUCAUGGGGACUGAUAUAGAAGUGAUGCUGGCAAUACCCAAUAGCAUGUUGGAAGAGAUUAGUAAGAAUCCUAAGGUUGCAGAUGCUUGGGUUUAUGAAAAUGUCACCAGUUACAUGUACCCUGGUGGACUAAAUAUCAAGUAUGUUGCCGUGGGUAAUGAGCCUUUCCUUAAGGAAUAUAAUGGCAUGUAUAUACAGUCAACUCUGCCAGCACUUAAGAAUAUACAAACAGCGCUCAAUAAUUGGGGCCUGGCUUCAAAGAUCAAAGCCACGGUUCCCUUCAAUGCUGAUGUUUACUAUUCUCCAGACUCAAAUCAAGUGCCAUCAGCUGGUGACUUCAGGCCUGAAGUACGAGACCAGACAAUUGAAAUAAUCCAAUAUUUAUAUUCAAACAAUGCACCUUUCACGGUCAACAUAUACCCCUUCCUUAGUCUUUAUGGAAAUGAUCAUUUCCCCUUCGAUUUUGCAUUUUUUGAUGGAACCAACAAGCCUCUCGUAGAUGGUAAUUCAGUUUACACUAAUGUAUUUGAUGCAAAUCUAGAUACCCUUCUUUGGGCUUUAGAUAAGGCAGGAUUUCCAGACAUGCCAGUUAUAGUUGGAGAAGUGGGGUGGCCAACUGAUGGUGAUAAGAAUGCUAAUGUCCAGAAUGCAAAAAGGUUCAACAUGGGUUUGGUUAAACAUGCUUUGAGUGGAAAUGGUACCCCUAAAAGGAAAGGCAUAAUUGAUAUUUAUCUAUUCAGUCUUAUUGAUGAGAAUGCUAAAAGUAUUGAUCCUGGCAACUUUGAGAGGCAUUGGGGAAUUUUUGAGUUUGAUGGGAAGCCAAAGUAUGAACUAGACUUAACAGGACAAGAAGAGGAUAAGGGUCUGGUUCCUGUGGAGGGUGUGAAGUACAUGGAAAAGCAGUGGUGUAUCUUGGAUCCAGAGACAAGGGACUUGCACUACUUGCCUGAUAGUAUUGACUAUGCUUGUAGCAAAUCUGAUUGUACGGCUUUGGGCUAUGGCUCUUCUUGUAAUAGUCUAACUCUCCAAGGGAAUGCUUCUUAUGCCUUUAAUAUGUAUUAUCAAAUAAAUAACCAGAGGGACGAGGACUGCGAUUUCUCUGGUUUGGCUAUUGUAACGGAUGAGGAUCCAUCAGAAAAGGGUUGUCAAUUUCCUGUGAUCAUCUCUCGUGGCUCUUCUUUAAUGUUGUUGCGCCUAGCAGACAUCAUAAAGAAAGCUUUGGGUCUAUAUAUUUUUCUUGUAUUUUUACUAUAG